AACAUAUAAUUCCACAUUUUAAUACCAAGCUUAUGCAUGCACUUCUUGUACAAUUAGCAUAGCUCAUUGUAUUCUUUAAUUCAAGAAAAAAGAAAGUUAAAAGUAAAAAUGAUUAAAAGGUUAUUAUCUUCCUCAUGCAAGCUCUGCAGUUCACCUACCAAACCAACAGCCGAAGCUCCAGUUAUAAUAAAAUGAAAAUCCGUUUUGUGGGAAUGAUAUAUAAGAAGAGUCAAAACUUUUUAUGUUAUUUCUUUCUUUUAUUUGUUAAAUAAAACCCCCCUAAGGAAGAUAUAAAAUCUUUGUUUUCUUUUCGUGUGCUUAGAGAUGAUGUGAUUAACCGUUACUAUGAUUUGAAGCCCUAUUUGGAUGAUUUAUAUUGCUUUUAGCUAGUGUUUCUCUUCUGUUUCUUUGUUCCUUCUUGACAGACAGAGAUUUUGAAGCUAAGAGGAGAUAUAUGCCAUUGCUAGCCAGGUAUAAUUACAUUAUGAAUUUAUUUCAAAAUAUCAUGGAGAGACUGAGGCCUCUUGUUGGAUCCAAAGGCUGGGAUUACUGUAUUCUUUGGAAAUUGACUGAAGACCAAAGGUAUCUUGAGUGGAUGGGCUGUUGUUGUGGUGGGGCUGGGAACACACAGGCUAAUGGUGGAGAAGAACUCCAGUUUCCUGUUUCUUCAGUCCUUCCUUGUAGGGAUAUUAUCUUCCAGCACCCAACCAGCAAAUCCUGUGAACUGCUUGCCCAACUUCCUUCUUCCCUGUCCUUAGACUCCGGGAUUCAUGCACAGGCCUUGAUAUCAAACGAACCCAGAUGGAUCAACUUCUCUAAUAACUCGGAUUUAAGUGUUGUUGGAGGAACAGUUGGAACUAGGGCUUUGAUACCAGUGCCUGGAGGACUAUUAGAAUUAUUUGUUACUAAACAAGUAUCUGAAGAUCAAUAUGUUAUAGAUUUUGUAACAACUCAGUAUAACAUUUUAAUGGAGCAAGAAGCCAUGAUAAAUUCAACCAACAUUAAUACAAGUUUCGCUGAUCAUAACAAUGAAGAAAAAGAUAACUUCAAUAACAAUCAAUUCCAGGAGGCACCAGUUGCUCCAGCAGCAGAAGCAGUUUUAGAGAAUUUGAAUCUUCCAUACGGUAUCUCCGCUGAUCGAAUUCAUCUUUGUAGUCCUCCAAUGAACUUCCUGAAGCAAUUCAAUUACAGCAGUGAUCAGGAAAACAAAACUAAAAGUAAUGAUCAUAUCUUCUUUCAAGGAGCUUCAGCAAAUUCUUCGAAUGGGCUCCAAAAUCAAGCAGAUGCAGCUGCAUUGCACAAGACCAUGAUGAUGAAUACUAAUUCAGAAAGCAUACGCAUGAAGUAUAUUGAAUCCUCAUCAGCAAACAAAGAGGAGCAGGUUAACAAUGACAAGGACUCAAUUAAAAUGGAGAAUGGGAGAUCGGAUUCGAUCUCUGAUUGCAGUGAUCAGAUUGACGAUGAGAAUAGUACGAAGUAUAGGAGAAGAACUGGAAGCGGUCCACCAGCCAAAAAUAUUGAUGCAGAGAGGAGGAGAAGGAAAAGGCUUAACGGCAGGCUAUAUGAUUUAAGGGCCUUGGUUCCCAAAAUUUCAAAUCUAAAUAAGGCUUCCAUACUUGGAGAUGCAAUUGAAUUUGUGAAGGAGUUGCAGAAGCAAGCUAAAGAACUUCAAGAUGAGCUUGAAGAGCAUUCGGAUGAUGAUCAAGUUGCUAAAAAUGGCAUCCAUAACAACAUCCCACAAGAAAUGCUGAAUCAGAAUGGUGGUAUUGUUAAUGGGUUUCUUGUGGGAUCAUCAGAAGUAGUUAGUUGCUCCAAACUUAAUCAUAAGCCAGAAACCAGUCAUGACAAGGGACAGCAGAUGGAGGUCCAAGUGGAAGUAGCUCAAAUAGAUGGAAAUAAGUUCUUUGUAAAGGUAUUUUGUGAGCAUAAGACAGGAGGAUUUAUGAAACUCAUGGAGGCUUUGGAUUGUCUUGGGUUAGAAGUUACAAAUGCCAAUGUAACCAGCUUUAGAGGCCUUGUCUCAAUUGUUUUCAAAGUUGAGAAAAAGGACAGCGAAAUGGUUCAAGCAGACUAUGUAAGAGAGUCUUUGCUAGAGCUGACACGAGACCCGCCAAGAGGAUGGCCGGAAAUGGCAAAAGCUUCAGAAAUUGGUAGUGCCAUGGACUAUCACCACCUCCACAUGCAUAAUGGCCAUACCACUUCCAAUCACCACCAUAUCCACCGCCUUCAUCACUGAGCAUAGUCGUGGACAAUUAACUUUAAGGCCGCAAGUGACCAUCCCAAGCUGCAAGCUGGUUCAGAGGAUCUAUGCUUCGAUUCUGCACAAAAGGCAGUUUGCAUUUGCAAUUUUAUCCUUGUAAUCAUAGGAAGCUAUUUGUUACUGGAUUUGUCUUAUAUAUUAACCUUGCGUUAAGACACUAAUGUUCUGUAAAAUUAUAAUAUUA